AUGGCGCCAGAACAGGGCUCUCGCCUACUUGACCUGUUCACCGACCCUGAGAUUCAGUCUUUUCUGAAAUGGAAAGAAGCCAACAGUCGCCCGGGUAUAACCUUCACAGACGAUUCCUCCUAUAUGACCCGGAAAUUCCUCCCGAAUCAAGCGAUCACCAAGUACUUCGACUGUGAGCAGGACAGUCAGCACUCAAAGAUCAAGAAACUUGUCGCGGCAGCGACGAAAUACUCAACGAAGCCUCCUCAAGACGUACGGGCUCUUGCGAAAAGCUAUCCUAAGGUAUUCACUAUUCUGGUGAUCAUCGGCCAAUCGCACCACAUCGACGCCUUUGUCGGGCAGCGGGCGUUACAAGACGAUAAACUACCUUAUUCCCCCGACAAGCGAGACCUGUUUCCGAAACUCGCGGGCGGUACAACAUUUUUCGAAGAGUUUUCCAAAAUACAAUGGGAAUUCUGCGUGGAUCCAUUGAGCUACAGCUCUGGAGUUAUAUUCGAGAACGAUAGGAUUCUCCCAAUCGCCUCCAUGAAGAGAGUGGACACCACAAAAGGCUCAAGCGCCUCGGUCCACAAAAUCACAAUUCAUAAAGAAGACGAUGAUUUGACGGGAAGCUCGGCUCCAGAAGAGGAUUCGCACGAAUACGUCGUAAAGUCCUACUAUCCUCCUGAUGGAGCAGAAAAUUACUAUUCCGCCGAGGUCGAAGCAUUUCGGUCACUGAAUAGCUUAUCAGAACCCAUACCGAACCUGAUAGGCUUCUAUGGGGCUUUCACUCAGAAUCAAAGCCGUCACAUCAUCCUUCAGUAUGCCAACGUUGGUACUUUGGAAGACUAUUGGAAGCGUGUUACGCCUCCAAGACUGGGAGAGGACAUAGUGGCCCUGUGGGAGAAUAUCCUCAAGCUUAGUGGCGCCCUCGUCCAGAUACAUUUGAAUAGGAGUACCGACCUCGCGGGACGGCCACGAAUAUUCCAAGGCCGCCAUGGAGAUAUCAAGCCGUCCAAUGUCUUGGUCACGGGUGAUAUCGUUAGUAAGCCGUACGGAGUCCAGUUCAUGCUCGCAGACUUGGGUUUAAGCCACUUCGAAGUCGUUGUGGAGGGUAAGGAAAGGAGCACUGAAGAGAGCAAAGGCGGCUCACAAGCUUACAGUGCCCCGGAAUUGAACUGCUCGAUCAGGACACCCAGCGACAACAUGUCCAAAGCCGAACAGAGUAUUGACACCUGGUCUCUCGCCUGUGUCUUUAGCGAGUUCCACGCGUGGACCGUGGGUGGCAAAUACGGGUUAGAGAAGUAUCGUCAGGAGAGAAUGAAUGAUAAGGAAGUUGGCGAAAACAUGGGCGCUUGUUUCCAUUGCAAAUCCGGACGUCUCCUUCGGGCGGUGCAAAGCUGGCACGAAUAUUCCAAAAGAAUAUGCGCGACGGAGGACAGCAUAACACCAAUCUUGUGGGAAAAACUGCUCGAACACAUGUUCGAGCACUCGCCACAAGUCCGCCUAGGAGCCCAUCAAGUUCUCCACCGCUCUCAGGCUGUCAUCAACGAAGCCCGGAACAAAUCAUCGUCCUCAACGGCAAGAGGGCCUCCUGGGCCUUCACCAAACGAGCAGAAUGGUCCGCGACCAUCGACACCGCCACAACUUCCCCGCGAGUUCUAUUCACAGCCGGCUGUUCACAACUAUCCCGAAUACCCUUUGACCCCUCCUCACGAUGAUCGAAUCGAGCUCCCUCAUAAUAAGGAUUCCGACCACAGCCCCAGAUUGGCCCAAUGGGUUGCUAGAGGUGAUACUGACAACACAUCCUUGAAGAGACAAGACAAUCGAGAUUCAAACACGUCAAUAUAUAGAUAUGGUCGAGAUUCGUUCCCACAUGGGAACGGAGGUGAUUCCACUGGAACAGAGUCUCACAGCAAAUACCAUGAUACUAUGAAGAUGCGCCUGCACGACAGGCCAGGGACAGAAGCGUUGACAUCGCGAAGCGCCGACACAAUCCCCAAAACCUCUGACUUUCACUCCCCAAUUAAGCACAGCCUCACCACGCCGUCGGAUAGCUUCAGCCACCGUCAGCAAACUCCAGUCUCCGACAUGGAACACAACUCGGAGUUUGUAGAACGUUUCGCCCAGAUGACGAUGAAAGGCAAAGAAAAAGCUGCCGACAAGGCGCACUCACACAGUCGGUCACACAGCAGCACACACAACAGAACUCCAGAAAAGGUGUUGAGUGUCGACGACUUGAAUGACUGGGUACAGCAGACAGAGGCAGCGGCCAAAAGAGCAAUCUUCCAUCGGCCAGAAAUCACCCCCCUUCCGCACGAGAAUGAGUUGAUUGGCCAGCUGAGGAGUCGGGAUCACAUCUUUAUCUUAGACGACGGCGAAAGUAUGACUCCUUACUGGAACGAUGUUACCAAGCUCUACAGCAACCUGAUCAGUCUGAUCAAAAGAAAGAAACUGGAUCCCAACGGAAGCGAGCUACGGUUCAUCAUAUCCGACGAAGGGAAAGAAAACUUUCACACUACCAAGCUCAAGAAUAUGGUCAGACGCAAGACAGAAAAGCUCAACGGUGAAUCCGACUUUGCCCACCGUCUCGACGAGAUUCUGCAGAGGACCCAGAAGAAGUUAACCAAGGAUUUGGACAUGAGGCCGAUCAGCCUAUAUGUCUUUACCGAUGGCAAAUGGCAACCAGGAAUUCGUCAGCUGGACGCCGUUGCGCGUUCUAUCCAAAGACUGGUGAACCUCCUCGAGGAGAAGGGUAUGAAGGAGCAGAUGGUAGGCAUCCAAUUCAUCAGGUUCGGCAAUGACGAGGAGGGCAUGGAAAGACUCAGAUGGCUUGACGAGGAGCUGAAAGGAGACUACAGGCUGGCCAGGGACAUCUGCGACACGACGCCUGCCGACGGAAAUGUGUGGAAGAUGCUGCUUGGGAGCAUCAAUGGGUAUUGGGACGCUGACCUAGAGAGUCAGGAUCAGCCGUGA